CCUUCAACCUGUUUUAUUAUAAACACUGAAACGUUUGUAAGAUUAAGGGAAAGAAUUUAAAUUGCAAUUUUCAUUUUAUGCAAGAACGUCAACAUGGCCGGACUAACGCUGAUCUUCGCGUGUGUUUUCCUCGCCUUGGCUAUUAUGCACGGCUCAGGGGCGGCUGAAGAAGUGUGUUCUAAAUUCUCAUAUGAACAGGAAAUUAUUGCGAGUGUGCUUAAGAUGAAAUUAAAUGUGGAACAGAUGGAACAGGAAAUAAAGAAAACACAGGAAGAUAUUCUAAAGGUUCUUGAAGAGCAGAGGGAGAAAAUGGAGAAGUUUGCAAAGGACUACAUUACCAUGAGAGAUAUUCUUGUCGUAGUCAUGGAGAACAAAACGGCUGAAGUUGCCAAAGUAUUAGACAACAAAACUGCUGAAGUUGAUAAAGUAUUAAGAGAGACAAGCGUUGUGGAACAACCCAAACUCUCGGUGGCAUUUACAGCACAUACAACCGAUCACUAUACGUCAAAGACAGGAGACCAAACUAUAAUUUUUCCGUCUGUUGUUACAAACGUAGGAGAUGCAUACAAUCAGACAUCUGGUGAAUUUGUAACACCUACACCUGGAACGUACUACUUUUUCACUAGCAUACUUUCGUGGAUUGGAGAUGCAUUUUGGGCUUAUAUUGCAGUCAACGGUUCUAGGAAGACAACUCUGUACGAACGAGGUGCAGAUGGAGGGUACGGAAUGGCAAGUCAGGCUAUCGUUAUAAAGUUGAAUGAAGGUGAUAGAGUCACUGUGAAAACUACCCAAAGCGGAGAAAAAAUAUUUGGUGCAGGCUACACAACAUUUAGUGGAUUCUUGAUCAAUUGA